UUUUUAAACAAUAAUACUCUCUUCUACAGGACAUCAAUAUUUAUGAUAUUAAAAAACUAAAAUUCAUACGAGAUCUAUUCAAGAAAUAUAUUGUUGGAAACAAAAAUGAAAACAUGAUACGAAGGCUUAUAUCCAUCAUCCUUGCGUCUUGCUACAUUUUUGUCGAUGGUUACAUCACAAGGCUUCCGUGUAAAUAUCAUGGUAACUUCUCUGACAUCCAAUAUAACAAGUAUUCUCCAGGGAAUGUUAUUAAAUCGAUAAAAAUAGUAAACAGAGACAAGUGCAUGAUUGAAUGUGUGGGAGAAUCAUUGUGCAAAGCGUGUAAUUACCAUAGCUCAACUCAACUAUGUGAUCUUCUAUCUUCUGAUGUUGCAGCAACUUCAUCAAAAACCGGAUCGAUUUAUAUGCGAACAGAUAAUACAAACAGAAACAGAGGACCAUUUUGCAAAAGUCUAAGCCCAUGCCAAGAGAAGACGAUGUGUGAUGACUCAUGCAACGGUGUUGAAUACGAAUGCGUGACAUUAAAAAACGUGGCACUGCAGGCGGAAGCAUCCUUAUCAACAAGUAAAUCGUGUUGUCCCGCUAGAUACGCUAUAGACGGUGACACUACAAGCCUACAUUAUGCGUCGACCCAAGAAAAAAUAACUGAUUGGUUGAAAAUCGAUUUAAAAAGUACAUAUCAUCUUUUAUAUAUUAAAGUAUGGCGAAAAUUUAUUAAUACUUUUGUAAACAUAAAAGCUGGUAUGUCAAGCGUACUCAAAGAUAACCCAAGUAUUGGCAGAAUAGAUGAAAGUGAUGCCAAUGGAUUAACGUAUUUCUGUACAAGCGAUAAAAAAUUUUGCGAAGCAAGAUACGUGGGGAUUUACAGAAAACACCAAACUGCACAAAUUGUGUCGAUCAGAGAAGUACAAGUAUAUGGAUAUAAAGCAUAAUAUACUACGAUCAGAAAACAGAAAGAGACUUAACUAUGGUGCUUCUACAAACUACGUUGACUCUUUGUCUUGUACGCAAAAGAUGCGAUAACGCGCUAACUUAUAUGCGCAAUAUAAAUCGUACAAACAAAAUUUGAAAGUAGCUUACUUUAUGUUCGUUUACGUCAAGUGAUAUUAGAUAGUUGUUGACUCAAGCUUUUACUGCAGGCAAAGUUACAACAUGGAGUAAGUUAAGCCAAAGCUUUUUUUCAGAUUGAAACGGAAAAAAUUCAAGAUAACCGAAUUUUUUUUAAA